GCAAAGGAGCAGAGGAGCCGAAGGAGGGGAGGAGCAAGCAGCGGAGGAGGAGAGGAAAUGCAUCAGGGGAGUAGGAGCAGAGGAGAUGCUUCAGAGGAGGAGGAGCAAGGAGAUGCAUCAGAGGAGGAUGAGCAGCUGAGGAGAGGGGGCGUGCGAAAGAUCGAAGGAGCAAAGGAACAGAGGAGGCAAAGGAGAAUCCCCUGCCACUUCUGGAGAUGGAGCAGAGGAGAUGCAUGCGAGGAGAGGGAGAUGAAGCAGAGGUGGAGCAGAGGAGGUGGAGAAGCAGAGGAGUUGGCUCAGCUGAGGAGCAGCAGAGGAGGAGACGAGGAGCAAAGGAGCGAUGGAGCGAAGAAGCACCAGAGGAGACGGCGAAGCAGAGGAGACGGAGCAGCAGAGGAGAGGAAGGAGAGGCAAAGGAGAUGGAGAAGAGGAAGGAGAUGGAGCGUUGGAGAGACAUGGAGCAGAGGGCACGGAGGAGAAGGCACGGAUGGGAGAAGGCCAAAGGAGCAGAGGAGCAGAGGAGCAGAGAGAACCGCACAGCUGCGCUUCCCCCCAACGCUGCUGGCUGCACGGAGGAGGAGAAGGCACGGAGGGGAGAAGGCACACAGGCACGGAGGAGCAAGCUGCGAGUUGAGAUGCAUAGGAGGGGACGGAGCAGCAGAGGAGCAGCAGAGGCGCAGCAGAGGAGAGGAGCGGAGGAGAUGCAUCAGAGGAGGAGGAGCAGAGGAGAUGCAUCAGAGGAGGAGGAGCAGAGGAGAUGCAUCAGAGGAGGAGCAGCAGAGGAGAUGCAUCAGAGGAGGAGGAGCAGCUGAGGAGAGAAGGCGUGUGAAGAAUCGAAGGAGCAAAGGAGCAGAGGAGGCAAAGGAGAAUCCCCUGCCACUGCUGGUCUGGAUGGCCAGCGUGGUUGGCAGUGGUGACAGGGUUUGGAUAUGCGCGCUUGCUGCCAUUGCGUCCCUGGUAAUGGCGAACAAAGGAGAGAAGUCGGUGGUCGACCAAGGUCAGACUGUCGAGAGUGUUCUCGCUCCACCUCCGGCUCCUCCUGUUGCACCUGCUGUUGCUCCAGUGGCUCCCGCAGCACCUCCCGCAGCACCUCCCGCCGCUGUUGCGGCGUCAGCGAAUUUCAUGCCGCCUGCAGCUGCUGUCCCGCUGAGCCAGUCUCACGAGGUCUCCGCCUCUGGCGCGACACUUCCUGCCGCGCAGCCGACGAAAGUGCCGCUGCAGCAAGACCAGGCCGCUGUUGCGGGUCCUGUGCUGGGGACAGCGGUUGGGUGCCGGCCCUGGUUCUGCUCACAAUUUGACCCCCGCGGCCGCGCCUGGCGGCGUUGCGGGGGGUCAAGCGGCAUCGCAUCGGGGUCGCGGUUCUCCCCAUCGUAUCGAUCGGCGCCUCGCGGUGGGCGUGGUGGCUGGUGGGGAGGUCGCGGUCGCGGGCGCGGCGAGAUGAACGAAAUGCAGCAAUUGCGCGCAAACUUCCCGAGGAAAUUGGCUGCGGCAAUGCGUGCGGCUCUGGCAGGCGCGCCGAACACGGACGGGGCGCAGGCUCCUGCCCAUGCAGCAUCCGUCCCUACUGUUCCCGAGCGGGGUCCCCCGCCUCCAACCGCGGCUCAGGCCCCGCAAACACAGCCGUACGCGCACUUCCCUGCUCCAGCUGUUGUGCAUGCACCUCCAGCCGCCACGCGUCCUGUCUCUGCGGCUCCGUAUCCCGACUUGCCGUGGAUUCCUGCUGUGGCGGGCAUGGGAUUUGUGGGGGCGGGAGGCGGAGAGGCGAGGGGGCAGUUCAUCCUGCGUCGUCGUCUUGCUGAUGUUCCCGUUGCGCCACCUCCCCCCUCUCUUCCCGUAGUGCCCACGGCGACUCUUGGGCAGCUCUGGUAUUUGGUGAAGUGUCAGCAGUCCCUGACACUGAUUUUGGUGAAUGCACACUUUGCCAUUCUCCAGAGCCCAGGGAGCACUCUCAAUCCAUGUGAGAGAGCAGAAUGCUUGACAGCGGCUUCGCAAUCUGUCGUCCUCCUCCUACCCGUGCUGGCACCGCCCGCGACGGGAGACGUAGUGGUCUCGCAGCUGGACGAGACGGUCCAGGGUCUGACAGGACACCUCCGUGGUGGAGGCGGGAUUGAAGUUGCCGCGCACACGAGCGCUGGCGGCUGA